CCUUGUACUACCAACCCAAGUUGAAGUUGGGAGGUCUCCUUUAGGGAGAGAGGAGGGUGCCGACAGGUUAAAUCUAGCUGGCAAAUACUAACCUUUCUUUCAAAAAAGAAAUACACUACAACCCUCCUUUCUUCUUCUUUUUUUUUCCUCUAAAUUUUGGAGAAGAUGACUAUUGCCAUUGAGCAGCCUCAGAUUGAGGAAGGGAAAGGAAAGAAAAUCCCCAUAGAGUCAAAAGAGUUGGUGUCAGAUUCUGGAUUUGUUACUCCUGAAACUAAUGCCUUUGGCCAAACUUUUAGGAACUAUGAAACUGAAUCAGAAAGAAAAGACUCCGUUGAAGAGUUUUAUCGAAUGAACCACAUUCAUCAGACAUGCGAAUUUGUGAAGAACAUGCGAGAGGAAUAUAUCAAGUUGAACAAGGCAAAGAUGAGCAUUUGGGAAUGUUGUGAGUUGCUUAACGAGUUCGUGGAUGAAAGUGAUCUUGAUCUAGAUGAGCCCCAGAUCCAACAUUUGCUACAGAGUGCUGAAGCUAUUAGGAAGGAUUACCCUGAUGAAGAUUGGUUGCAUUUAACUGCCCUUAUACAUGAUCUAGGAAAGGUUCUUCUCCAUCCUAAAUUUGGGCUGCUUCCCCAGUGGGCUGUUGUAGGCGACACAUUCCCUGUAGGUUGUGCUUUUGAUGAAUCCAUUGUUCAUUACAAGCACCUCAAAGAGAAUCCAGACUGCAACAAUCCUCAAUACAACACGAAGUUUGGAGUCUAUGCUGAAGGAUGUGGACUCGACAAUCUAAUGAUGUCAUGGGGCCAUGACGAUUACAUGUAUAUGGUGGCUAAGGAGAACAAGACCACUCUACCUCCAGCUGCACUGUUCAUUAUCCGAUACCAUUCAUUCUAUCCAUUGCAUCGGUCGGGGGCCUAUAAAUAUUUCAUUAAUAAGGAGGAUGAAGAGAACCUAAAAUGGCUUCAGAUCUUCAAUAAAUAUGACCUCUACAGCAAGAGCAAAGUCAGAGUUGAUGCGGAGAAGGUGAAGCCAUACUAUCUGUCCCUUAUUGAGAAGUAUUUCCCUCCCAAGCUGAGGUGGUGAAGCACAGGAAGCUACUAACUUGGUGGAUGAUGGCAUGAUGCUUGCAUUUCAAUGGCAAUUUUCAACAAUUAAUAUGAGAAGGAGACAAAUUAUGAGAUAGAAGUAAUACCAAAUAACUGCUUUCCCUAUAAUAUCCAUGAAAGAAAUCCUGUAGAAUUAUCUUUACUAAAUCUUGAUUCAUUUCUGUCAUUAGGAGAA